AUGAGAACAGGCGCCUCCUCAUCUGACCCUGAAUCACUCGCAUAUGCUCCCAUUAAACCGCUCAGGGCAUUGUUAAGCUUCAACACGGUACCACCAGAAGCGGCAAUUAUAGCAUUGUUAUCGUUGAUAGACAAUUUUCAAAGACAAUGGGACGUCGGAAGUGCAUUCUUUGUGGAGUUAGCAGUGAAAAAACUGAGGCAACCUUCCACAGAUGCCCAUGAUAAAUAUUGA